AUGAUUAGAGUGCUACUAUUUCAAAACAUGCAUGGUGACACUAGGCUAUCCAAGUGGUACAUAAAUUAUAGCCUAGCAGAGAGGAGGAAGAUUGAAAAGGAAAUUUAUCAAAUUGUAAUUAGGAGACAAAAGAAAUGGUCAAAUGCCAUUGAGUAUAAUGGUUACAAAUUGGUAUAUCGCCAGUAUGCUGGGUUGAUAAUUUGUGCCUGUAUUGACCCCAAUGAAAACCCCUUGGCAAUAUUUGAAAUGAUCCACCUAUUUGUGGAAAUAAUGGAUCUACACUUUGGCGACGUUUGUGAAUUGGAUAUCGUCUACAACUUCAUACAAGUACAUGCACUGUUGGAUGAAUUUAUAUUAGCCGGAAGUUUAGCUGAGACUUGCAAGAACGAAGUAGUGGCUAGAGCUAAGAAAAAUGAGAAGUUAUAA